UCUUGUACCGCAGAGUUUAGAUUUUAAUGAACUUACAAAAACACAUAUGAAUUUAUAUGCAUGUACACAUUCAAGAAGGACCAGAGAACCCAAGACUCGGAAGGGGAGAAAGAAUGCACACGUAGUGCCUGCUCAGCGAAUCUCAAAAGAGGAACUAGGAGUCGCAUGACUAUUGUGUCGCAAGGGUAUCCGUUGGAAAAACCCAGAUGGUCUGAGAGAUUGUGUCACACAGCCAGUAUAAAUAAGGCUGCUUUCUCAGUGUUAGUUGUUGCGUCUUGCUAGAAGACAUUCUGCGUGCAUCCCUGAGGAUAAUCAUUCUUCAGUCCAGCUUGCUGGAGCAUAUAUUGCUUUAACUGCUUAGCUGUAUGAUGUUAACUUAACCUGCUCAUAGAAGGACAAGGUUAGUUAUUCAUUUGAUACUUGAACUGUGUAUGUUAAGAAAAACUUUGUGACUGAACCACUUAUACAGGACUGCCCUGUUAAGUUGGGAGAAACUGAGGUAUUAUAAUCUGUAACCUUUUCUUUUGUUGCUACUAUUAACAAUCAUUGUGUAACCAGUGUUAUUAUCGUUUGUAUAAAUAAAUUUUCAUUUUAUAAAGAUAAAAGUUGAAUAGUUCUUUGCCUCGGGUCACAAUACCAGUUCUAUAAGCAAUAGUAAGAGCAUUAAAGCAACCCUUGCGAGGGCAAGAGGUCACCAGGACUCCACGGAAGCAUCUCCACGGAGGGCGAACAGCGCGGUAGUUGAUAAUAGCCUUAAAGAGGGGAUUAAAUAUCGGGGGAGGCCCGCGAGAGUCCGUGGGGACAACGCGCAUAAUUUCACUGGAAGUGAGGUAACAAACAUUUUGUAACAAAAAUGGAUCAACCUUAGUCGAAGCAGUUAAGCGUGGCUGGCAUAGCAGAGCAUGCCGUUCGUAGUGUGAAAGAAUUCUUUGUAAAGAAUCAAAGCUUAAGCGAAUGGGAUUCGAUAGUUAAUAUCUGUACGCUUUAUACCAAAUUACAGGGUUGAUAAACCUAACCAAAAGCCCGAACCAAUAAAUAUAAAGCAAAGAAACGUUUAAGGUAGGACAGACAGUUUACAUCUUACUCAAACGCAAAGACAAGAGGUUUAGGGCAACAACGGGAACUGAAGAUAAGGUAGUUGAGUUAACCUCCAAUACCACGGUUCGGCGGGAAGCGAACAGGGUUUGGUCAAUCAAAAAACUGGUGGGGAGUAAAUGAUUGUCAAUAAGAUUAUGAAUAAAAUCAUCACAGCAAAAGUAUCCUUCCAACAGGGCAUAAAGGGUCCAGCGGAAGGCCUAUUUGUAGUGUGUAAAGAUUUUAGUGAUUCAUUCUUAGUUAAAACAUGGCAUAAAGACUGUCGGGAGGGAACUCCGUCAGUUAGGGAAAAGCCUAUUGACUGUGUGUUCUGUAGCAAACAGGAAGUUUGCAGCCUGCUCUGGGAGGGGCCGAGAGAGAUACGGGAAAGUCAGGCGUGGCUGAGAGCUCAGCUGACAAUUUUGCCCAAAUGGUUCCGCACAGAUAGGUCCAUGGGGGCCUGUGCGAUGGGAGACGUUACUGUAUGCGGAAGCUGUCGAACGCAAAGGCAGCUAUGAAGUGUAUGGCAGUAUGAACUGGCCAUAGGUACUGGUGGAUGUUAGACCUGUACCGACUGUAGAUUGAAGCACAAUCUACGAGGUCAAGAAUGUAAGUGUACAUUAAAUGACCUAGGUGAGCUUGCGAGAUGUGAGAGAUGCAAGCUGCUGCUUAAGAAACGAUGGUUACAGGUAACCAGUUUCAAGGGUGUCUGGCAAACUAGAAAGAGCGAAACAAGCUUAGGAUGUUUAGCCAAGGACAUAAUCAUGACGGAAUGGGACGUGAAUCCGCUGGCCUUAGCCAAUAACACAGAGAAAGCCUUCUUGUGGGAAAGAUUGCUGUGUUCGGGGGGACCGGUUCUAAGGGAUUCAGAUCCGUUAGUGAAAGGUGGGGUGUUAGAUAAAACACUGGCCAGAGACAGUGACCUAGACCUCUGGAAGAAGGUCGUAAGGGACCCACUGUAAGAGAAGGAGCACUUGAUUAGUUAUAAAAUCAAGGGGGUAUAUAAAGAAGCAAGAAUGCAUGAUAUGAUGACUAACUUGUUGGAGGAAAUGUCUUUUCAGGAAGAAUAUCCAAUUUACGUAUAUGCCCAGAGAAUAUAGCCUUUAUGUCAGGGGAACUUCUCUGACUGUAAGAGCUAGAUUACAACAGACUUUUGUAGGGACAGAGUGAGUGAAAGUUUAAAUUGGCCCGGACAACAGAAGGGAACUAUGGCAGUUCCAGGUCCAUUUGACAACUACAUCCGACUUUCUCGGAGUAGGAAAGUCAAUAGAAGGGGUCAAACUCAUCAGAUCAAGCAUAACAAAGCCCGGCUCACUGAGCAGAAUGACAAUCUGGAUCAGGCAAAGGCUAGGGAAAGUUUAGGUUGAUAUAUGUCUCUGUGUCUGUUGUGUGUUUUACAGAAGCAGGAUGGCGAAACAGCGGAUACAUCUGGAGAGGAAGUACCUAAAGCUGCGGAGGAAGCAAAGCAGCUUGAGAAUCGGCCUGUUGUCAGCGCUGACUAUGCUGGGAAUAGCAUUGUUAAUAUUGGGUCUUGGAUUAUCAGGAGAUAACGAGACAGAACUGGUUAGCGUAUCCUCCUGCUCUGAGGUUGAGAAAUUAGUGUUAAAAAUAUGCUAUAAGCAAACAGUGAAUAUUGGUGGGGUGAAAUAUGGCUCGAAAAUGAUAAGGGACAUGUUUAAAGGAAUGAUAGAAAAUAUAGACUAAUCAUUUUGGAACUGUACAGGGGCUCGGAAAAUAAGUGCUACUAAGGGGCCAGCUCUUUACGGGGGUAGAGUAAUUAAGAAUAGUACCCGGUUGAGAUGGAAUAUUAUUGACGGUCAUGAUCAGACGCACGUGAAGCUAAGGGGCCUAAAGUACAAUCUCACUGAUAUCACUAAUUUGACGUUUAGUAAGCAUGUGUACAAAAUAUGGAAUAGUCCGGUUCUCCAGAUAACCGGAGUGCAACAUUGGGAUUGUUUGACCAAGGAAAUUGUUACGGAGCAUAGUAAUAAAUGGUUGGGUAAAUCUGUUGGGGAUCAGUCGAUAGAGAUGGAAAUUGAUAAAGUUCCAGCAGAUAAAAGACGUAGCGGUAGAUCUGCCCCAGAGGGGGCGAAUUAUCGGAUCACGGACCAAACAUGGAAUAAUGAAGAUAAUUCAGACCCAGUGCAACAAAGUUAUUGGCCCAAGGGUCUAAAUCCGCACGUUUUAAUUGUCGGAGUUUAUAAAAAUAAACCUAAGCCGGCCUAUGUUGAGUUAAAUUGGGUAACGUGCGAACAUUUGGUCAUGCCUAUUGGGAUGUGUGAGAGGCGCAGUAAGUGCCCGUUGUUGACCAAGAACAAAUUUGUAAGUAGUAAACCGGAAGAUCAGUUUUGGUACAACAUUGACCAGCAUUGCAGAACUGAUUAUGGUAAGACGACCGCAUGGGUGUGUUAUCUGAAUAGCACCUCUAAAUGGGACUAUAAGGAAUUCGAAAAGCACGGUAAUGAUAUUAUUAACCUGUGGCAUGAUUGGAUGUUGUUGCAGGAUCCGAGUAAUGACAUGGUGAAGAGGGAGAGUAGGCGCGAUACGUGGACGAUCAACGCCACCUUGUGGGCGAAUGGGGUAGGGGGUAAGAGAUUGCAUCCCCUGACCUUAGAUUAUGCGCCCAGACCAGGUCUGUCGAUAGAACUGGCGAAUUACUCGGGCAUUAUGGACUAUAUCUUGAGUAAUGUGACUAACCAGCAAUACAGGUCUGCUCUUGCCCUGUACUGUAUGGGUUGGGACGGCGUUCAUCGGAGUACCCAUACAAAUCAAGGUAUUUGGGCGAACCAUAGUGAUGCUGCUAACAAGGGGACUUUAAGAUGGAUUGGACUUUCUAACCUUAUGUAUAGGGUGUGGGAUGUUUUUCCAGUGGUAAUGGGGCUGGAUAAGACAACGACGCGUACUGUAAGCUGGAGGUCGUUCCAUAAUCAUCCGGCUAAUAAGAGUAUAUUCCCGAUCGUGUGGACAAGAUGGAAUAAAACCUUAGGGAUGCAAACCAGAACGUUGGCGCAUGGUUUUUGGAGUAGUAAAUAUUAUUUGCCGAUGUUGAAACCUUCAGAAAGGCGCGGUGCGACAAAAACUGACUAUAAAAUUCUGAUGGCCUCGCCCAAAUUUGAUAUCAAAGACAGUGGCUCAUUCUCGAGACAUAGUCUGAGGCCUGAGGACCAUGACCGUGAUGAGGUAAAGAAACGGUCAAAUGUCUGGAACAUGGGUUUGGGAAAAUUUGUGUACAGGCAUUGGGAUGAGGUUAAGUAGUUGUGGAUACCCGCGAAAGAGCAAUAUUGUGACAUGGAAAUGUUUAAUUCAUGGAAAAUUAAAACCCCAGGAAAUAUAUUUAGUCCUAACAUUACGUGGAUGCAUGGAGAUGAACAUGUUUUUUGUACUUUUAAAAAUUUCAAAGUGAUUGGCACAGAUCGAGUUGGUAGUGUAAGUGGGGCGGUUGAUAUAAGCUCGAUAACCGGUGCAGCUCCCUUUAUGAUGAUUGCGCGUAAUCAGAUAAUGAACAAAUGCGCUUUCUCCGCUCUAUUGAAUAGCGCCGAAGAAUCACAGAGUUUUUAUGACCCUAUAGACGAUUUCCUGGAGGGACUGUCCAUGGGGCCAGGGUUUCUGUUUUUUUUGGGACUUUGAGUCUCAAUUGAUUAAGCCAAAUAGGGGGGAUAUUUUUACCGUAUAUUGGAAAGUGCAGAAAAAGGCUAUUCUAUGGGUGUUGGAUAACAUUAAAGAACUCGCUGUCUCCGUGUGGGACAUAAUAGUGCAAUCUUGGUUUCACGUAAAGAUUGCCAUAAUCUGCCUGGCUAUUGUUACAGGAAUAAUAGUCAUGGUGGUCGUGUUCGUUAAACUUUCGAAAUUGGGGCUGGUCUGCAGGAAACUGUCGAAAUUGCCUGACUCGACAGAGGACAGACAGGCUCUAGUUCCUCUUAUGACCAAAUAGGGGACGGAAGUGCAGGCACAGGGAUUGCGAAAGUGUCAAAAAGAGCGGACAAGGUUACGGGUCACACAGUUGGUGGCGGACAAGGAGGCUAUCUUCACUCUCUCUAACUUUCUUCUAUUCGCAACAGCAGCAGUAGACUAAAUGGCAGGCAAUUACAGCAAUACUACAAGGCAUUGCAUUGACAGACCAAAAGAAAUUGUGAGUAUAGUUUCUAUAAAUUUAUGGUUGAUUGUAUAUUGGAUAUCUGGAAUAUUGAGUCAAAGAAUGCCGGAGCAAGUAGUAUUGAUGUUUUUGAGCCUUGGCCUUUAUAACUUUUUGGACGAUAUUUCAUUAGUGCUAAUUCUAGUGUCUCAGCUGCUGAGAAGUGCGAGAUAUGUUAAAUUGUUUGGAAAAAAGGGAAUUGUUGCAGUUAUGGUUUUUUCCAUAGCUAUAACUGUGUACAAUUUCGCAAAAUGCUACGUUGAAUUAAUUGGGGUUAAAUACGUAGGUGUGGGGCUUGCGCUCAUCACAUACGUAUUUUUGAUUAUCUUAAGCUAUAGAAGAAAUACUGUUUUAAAGCCUUUGGUGAAAAAAUUGGCUGUUCUUUAUUUUUUGGUUUUACUUAUUGCUGGCAGUUCAAGACAAGUGAACGAGCCAAAGCUAUUCAUGUUAGCCAUUCUGAUGGGCAUUAAUGAUUAUAGCUAUAUGUGGAAGAUGAUUGACAAUUGUCGAACUGAUUGCAUUAUUUGUGGAUGAAAAGAAAAAGAAGCGAAAAAAACGAACCUGAAUGACUUUGACGGUGCUGAGAAAAAAAAAAAAGAGCACUUGCUGGUUGUUAUUCUUUUGUUUUGUUUAUUUUGUUUUUUGUCACAAAUUGUUUUCAUGAUGAUUUUUGUUUCAAUAAUUUGGGAAAUAUAAUGAUCGAUAGAAAAGUGACGGGAAAGAAAAAAAAAAAAAGGAAAAAAAAACCCGAUUAUUGUCGCUGACUGACCAUGUUGAGUUCGCCAAUUUGUUGAGUUUACAAAUUGUUUUAUAAAAAGGUCUGGAUUUAGUUUGUUUCUUUCGAAAUGAAAAGCAAUUUUGUUUUGUUAACAAUGUUUUCAUUUUUUUUCUUUUGAACUACUUCAUUUCAUGUAUUUGGAAAUUUUAAUUUAUGGUGGCCAGUCAAGUCAUGGGGUUGCUGCGUUCAGGAAGGGCCCCCUGGGGGGCAGCAACUGACCAAUGACAGUUUGAUUGACGGGGUCAUUGUUGAAAAGACAAAGAAAGAAGAAACACACUUAGAAAGUUCGUUUGGUUUAUUUGGGGUUGAAGAAACGAAUUUUGUUUUUGUUUUUUAUAUAAUGGUGGUCUUUUUUGUUUGAACUACCUCAUUAAUGACAUGGUUUAUUUACUGUUUGUAUUAUGAUUUUCUGUUAUCAUACUAUAGGUCCCUGCUGACUGGAGGAGGGCGACGCAGCUUGGGCAUUUUUUAAUUUGUGAAGAAUGUUUUGAUGUGUUCAAGAGUUAGAGUAUGAGAAUUGAAGCAUAUAAACAAGAGUGUAAGGACGUAAGAGUUUAUUGUCCAGAAUGUGUGAUGAAACUGGGUUUUAGCAUGAGACAAAUGACUCGCAUCUGCUUUGACAGGCAUGGGACACGGAGUGGAGGUCCGGGCAACACUCAUAAUUUUACAUAUGGGGAAAUGAGAUUUUUCCUUGACAUGAAAUGGAAAGUCAUCGAAUUAGAUGAUGGAUUCGAACGUUUGUUUAGUCUGGGGGAGCAAAUAUUUCAGAAUACCUGCUGUGUUAACAUUCAGACCUAUCCAAGAAGACACAAGGAAGUCCUGGGCUUUUGCACAAGACAGGCGUGUAUUAAUGGCCAAAUUGUCUGUGUGCUUGUCCUUGAUCCCAAUAUAGAUCUGCCUGGAGCGUCUGACACAGGUUCGAUGGGAACCAAGAGUGCUGAACGAGGGCAUAGCAGCCAGGGGAAGCGAACUGGCCUUGGCCCUGGUAGAUCUGGUGACAAUGGACCAGGCCCCAAGACAAAAGGGCUCAUUCCGGUGGAUGCCGGUGGACCGGCGUUGGUAUCGACAAACGAUGGGCUGUCUGUUGGCACAGUACGGAAGGCUGAUAAUUGGCUUCUUCCAAAGAGAGUCUGAGUUAAGAUAUAGGUUUUAUGAGUGUUGUUUGGAUUUUGUGGUGCCCACUGUCUAUGUUUAUAAUGUUAAACUUGAUGAACUUGAUGUUAUUUAUCCGAGGGAUUUUAUUAAGCGUGUUUUUGUGACUUCAAGAGGGGGUGUACCGCAGAGUUUAGAUUUUAAUGAACUUACAAAAACACAUAUGAAUUUAUAUGCAUGUACACAUUCAAGAAGGACCAGAGAACCCAAGACUCGGAAGGGGAGAAAGAAUGCACACGUAGUGCCUGCUCAGCGAAUCUCAAAAGAGGAACUAGGAGUCGCAUGACUAUUGUGUCGCAAGGGUAUCCGUUGGAAAAACCCAGAUGGUCUGAGAGAUUGUGUCACACAGCCAGUAUAAAUAAGGCUGCUUUCUCAGUGUUAGUUGUUGCGUCUUGCUAGAAGACAUUCUGCGUGCAUCCCUGAGGAUAAUCAUUCUUCAGUCCAGCUUGCUGGAGCAUAUAUUGCUUUAACUGCUUAGCUGUAUGAUGUUAACUUAACCUGCUCAUAGAAGGACAAGGUUAGUUAUUCAUUUGAUACUUGAACUGUGUAUGUUAAGAAAAACUUUGUGACUGAACCACUUAUACAGGACUGCCCUGUUAAGUUGGGAGAAACUGAGGUAUUAUAAUCUGUAACCUUUUCUUUUGUUGCUACUAUUAACAAUCAUUGUGUAACCAGUGUUAUUAUCGUUUGUAUAAAUAAAUUUUCAUUUUAUAAAGAUAAAA